AUGGCAGACAGAGAUCCAGAAAACCCUGUGUCUGAUGAGAAAAAUGAAGACAUAAAUAAAGAUUUGGAACUUUUCACUGGGAUCUCUCAUAGGCGCUCUAUCAUCAUAGUCAUGAUCCUCGUUUAUAUUAAUCUCAUCAAUUAUAUGGAUCGUUACACAAUUGCAGGUGUCCUCCCUGUUAUUGCUAAUGAUUUCAGGAUAAAGGACAGUGACUCCGGACUGGUUCAGACAGUGUUUAUUUGUAGUUACAUGGUGUUUGCUCCCGUCUGUGGGUACCUGGGGGAUCGGUACAACAGAAAGUACAUAAUGGGUGGAGGCAUCGCCUUCUGGUCAGUCAUCACCCUGUCCAGUUCAUUCAUCACGAAGGAGCUGAUCACACGAGGCCUUGUGGGAGUUGGAGAAGCAAGCUACUCCACCAUCGCCCCAACGCUGAUUGCGGACCUAUUCCUUCAUGAUGAACGCAGCAGAAUGCUGUCUUUUUUCUAUUUGGCUACACCUGUUGGCUGUGGACUUGGUUACAUUGCUGGGUCAAAGGUGACGAGUGCAGCAGGUGAAGACUGGCAUUGGGCAUUAAGAGUUACUCCAGGACUGGGUGUUGUAGCAGUGUUAUUACUGUUCUUCGUGGUCCAAGAGCCUCCCAGAGGGGCCGCUGAAGGGAGGAUAAGAAGGAAACCCCUCACCAACUCUUCCUGGACUUCCGAUAUAAAAUCCUUGUUGAAAAAUCCAAGUUUUGUUCUUUCGACAUUUGGGUCUACAGCAGUGGCGUUUAUUGCAGGAGCCCUGUCCCUUUGGGCUCCAACGUUACUGAUGCGUGCACGGAGGGUGUUAUACAAAGAUAAUCCGUGUCAAAUCGCUAUUUGUAGCACUGAUGACAGUUUGAUUUUCGGAGUGAUCACUUGUGUGACUGGUAUUGUGGGGGUUAUAGCUGGUGUGGAGAUCAGCAAGUGUUGCCGGAGAAAAAAUCCACGUUCGGACGCUUUGGUCUGCGGCUUUAGCCUCUUGUGCGCACAGCCCUUCCUUUACGUCUCCUUAGUGAUAGCAAAGAAAAGCCUUAUUUCAACUUACGUUUUAAUCUUCAUUGGGGAAACACUGCUUUCCAUGAACUGGGCGAUUGUUGCAGAUAUAUUACUGUAUGUGGUGAUUCCUACAAGACGUGGAACGGCGGCAGUAUUGCAGAUCGUUGUGUCCCACAUAUUAGGAGAUGCUGGAAGCCCGUAUGUAAUCGGAGUGAUUUCAGAUCUAAUAAGCAAAGGAACGCCAGAUUCAGACCUCUUGCGGUUUAAUAGCUUAGGCUCCGCUCUAAUUAUUUGUGCCUUUGUUGGAGUCAUCGGAGGGGGAUUUUUCCUUGCAACCUCUUUCUACGUAGAGAAAGAUCAGAAGAAGGCGGAAAGCGACUCCCAAGAUGAAGAUGAAGAGGUUUGAGAAGAGGCCUGGACAUCCUUUACAAAAUGUAACGAACACGGUAAGAAUUAAGCCCUAAAUGAGUCCUGGUAAGCAACAGCAGCAACAACAAGCUGCCAUGGUUUCCUCCUCUUGACUGUACUGAUAAGUUCUCACAAUGGGUUGGUGGUUGCUCUUCAAGUAGGUGAGUA